ACGAAAAUGCAAAACUAUUUUCACUUAAAAGGCCCUGGAAUCCUGCGCCAAUUACGAAAAAAAAGUAUUGUGCUGACCUCUCUCUUGUUUAUUUUUACACCUCGCCCUUCCUUUGCUUGUCUAUCUCUGCUUAUUCGACUGUCAUACUCACACUCAUGCAUUUUAAACUCAACUCUGUAUUUGCCUACGCCAGCGCUGCGCUGUUGGCCUCGGUUGCUACUGCCGCACCCAUCUCCGUAACCCCCAACCUCAUUAUCUUUGGAAACUCGCUCUCGGACACCGGAAACUCUGCCGCGCUGACCAGAACCCCGACAUACUGGGAGGGUCGCUACAGCAACAGCUACGUGUGGAACGAGUACACGGCCAAGCUUCUGGGGAUGAACCUGAUCAACAAAGCCUACGGAGGAGCAACAUCUAACAAUGAAUUCUCGCCGGCGGCCUUUGGCGACGUUGUCAUACCCAGUCUCCAUGACCAGGUGACAAUGUGGCUGCAGCAGAACGCCAAUCCGAGCAAGUAUAACUUAGAAAACGACGUUAUUGAGAUUGAAAUUGGCGGUAACGAUGUCCUGCAUCGCGCCAAGGGUCUUCUGGCCGGCACCAUUGACCCGACAACGUUUGCUCAUGAGCUGACCACAUCCAUCGCGACUGAUAUCAAAACCCUCAUUGAUGCAGGAUACAAGAACAUCAACCUGUGGAAUUUGCCAGCUCUCAACAAGACGCCAAGCAUUGCUUCCUUGGGCGCUGGCUCCCAGGUUGCGACCCUGGUCACUACCCUGAACACUGCCAUCAAGACCGCUAUCGAGGGUGUAGCUGCCAUCAGCAAUGCAAAGGGCGUUCAUGUUUUUGACAUUGGCAGCCUCAUGACCGUUGCUUUGCAAGAUAAUGUUCUCGCUUCGCUGGGUAUCAACAACCCCACAGAUGCCUGCUAUUCCCAGGAUGCCUCUGGUGCUGUCAGUGUGUGCACAAAUCCCGACGAGUACUUCUUCUAUGACAGCAUCCACCCUGCCAGCCGCAUGCACUACUUGUGGGGUAUUGUUGCGGCCGCGCUCACGCGCGACCCCAACACUGUCAUUGACACUGCCGAGGUUCUCAAGCUGAUUUCUAUUUUCGGAAUCAACCAAAGCAACCGUGAGGACAACAUCAUUGUUGAUGGGCUGACCCCUUCUGAGUCUAGCGCCAUUAAUGCUCCUUCGGUAACCGCAACCAACACUGACACUUACGCCACUACCACGCCCACGUCGAAUGUUUACGUCACUCCCAUCUAUACCAUUACCACCCCUGCCACUUCAACUGUGAUUAAAUGCCAAUAGUUGAUUAAUUGGCCGGUUUUAAUAAAUUAAUACCAGCUUAAUAACAAAUUAUUAUGAAUAAAAACAAUGUGGAAUUUCAA